AUGAGUGAACUGCUGUGGCUGAGUGUGAAUCUCCUGUUCGGAACAUCAUACUUCAAUCGGAAGCAGAGGUUCUGGAUCACGUGGGUUUGGCCAGACAUUGCGCAAGACUUCACCGUGAAAAUGGGUUCACUGGUGAACCUCAAGACUACUCAGUAUUUACCAGGCGUUUUGCUUCGUAUUCAAAAUAUGAGAACUGGCUUGCCGAGCAGUGCGACCGCACAUGUACAAGAUUUACUCAUAGAACUCAACAUGACGGAGUUUUCUUUCAUUUAA